AUGGCUCCCCAAGCCUCAGCCCUAUCCCAGACUUUAGAGUCUCUGACGCUGAGCAAGAUCCGCGAACUCGAAAAGCAACGGUCGAGCUAUGAGGAGCGCAAAGCUCGCAUCCUGGCUGAUGCAGAGAAGCACACGAACCUCUACUCGCGCGUCACGACCAUCCUAACCGGGACCAAGACCAUCCUCCCCAAUGUGUCUCGGGAUGCCGUUGUCAUGAACAUCGAGCGAUGGCUAGAACAGCACUGCUUCGACCCCUCGGUUACGCACGAGAUGCUACAGGAAUAUGAGACCGAACUGCGAUCGCGGUUGGAUGCGCACAGUCGGAAACUCAGCCUGGCCGAUCUGUACUCGCGACUGCUGACGGAGUGGACGAACGCGGAUGGGGACGAGGAAGUGGAUGUCUCCGAGGAGGAUUAUAUGGUUGUUGAUGAGAGGCAGAAACAGCGCCUUCAGCAGCUCUGCGAUCAGUUUGAGCAGGUUGUGUUUUCACCGCUUGAGACAGAUGCACAGGAGAUCCACAACUUCUUCGAUUCGUUUUUCCCGGAUGAUGAUAAGGUGGAAGCGCUGAAUGGUCUUCGGUCUGACAUCAAAAGUUCAAGCCUGGAGAUAUUUGAGGAGGAGGCGCCUUUCGAUCACUCUACGUUGACGGCUACGAUCAAGGGACUUCUGACGGAGGACAUUCUCAGCGAGGCGAAGCAGGAAGUCCUCAAGGAUUUUCUGAAGAACAAAGUUGCUUUGACGGAGAUUGCAGAUGUUUUAAACAUGCGGUGGGCAGAUUUAAGUGAGUGGGAUUGGUUUGCCGGUGAAGACGGUAUCCCCGUUCUGCCUCGCCAGCAGUUGAAUGGGAAGUACCGAAUUUGGAUGGAUGAAGACGUUCUGCAACUCAUCUUCGUGCAGUAUAUUGGGACGCGGCUAUGCAACCUGCUGAAGAUAACUUUGAAAGAUUUCAUCGAUUCGCCAAAGGUGUGGAAUUGGGAUGCCGCACUGCCCAUGACGGAUGAAGACAAGGCUCGCUAUUCAUACUACACUGGCUUAACGCCAUCCGCAUACGGCCCAGAAGCUACCCGAAGAUCCGAUUAUAUUGACGAAUACUUCCUUUCGCAGCUGCCACUGUCUUUGACUACCCUUGCAGAUGGAGGGGCACCAUAUGACGACGACGAUGAUUCCGAGGUAGAUGAGGAGGCGAACGAUAAUGGAUGGGGAGCUGCCGAUGCGCCUACCCCGGGAGCACAUCGUCAGAUCAAGCAGCGGUUGUUGCGAAAGAUCGCAACCGAGACGCUCGUGCAGAGAUUUAUUUAUGGAGAGGCUGCCGUUGUUCAGUCAGAUCUCCGCUGGUAUGCCACUGGGCUCCCGCACAGUACCAUCUUCGCCGUGAUGUCGUAUAUUGGGUUCUCCGAAAAGUGGAUCAGUUUCUUCCGGAAGUAUCUGGCCUCUCCAUUGAACAUGGACAAGUCGUCAGAAGGGCGGACGCCAGUUGGACCGCAAGUCCGCCAGCGCGGAGUGCCAAUGGCUCACUCCUCCGAGAAGUUCAUCGGCGAGCUGAUUUUAUUCUUCAUGGAUCUUGCUGUUAACCGCACCACCGGCCUACUGCUGUAUCGCCUGCAUGAUGAUCUCUGGUUAUGCGGAGAGCCUGAGAAGUGCGCACAGGCUUGGGAGGUGAUGAACUCGUUUGCCAAAGUGACCGGACUGGAAUUCAACCUCAGCAAGACCGGAUCAGUGUACCUUUCAGAUGCUGCUGAUCCGAUGCUUGAAAGUCGACUACCGAAAGGCCCGGUGACAUUUGGCUUUUUGGCGCUGGAUCCAUCAGGGGACUGGGUCAUUGACCAGGAGCAGGUUGACGCACAUGUCAAACAACUCAAGACUCAGUUGGACAACUGUGACAGUGUGAUGGCGUGGAUCCGCACAUGGAACAGCUGCAUCGGGCGCUUCUUCAAAAACACAUUCGGCCAACCAGCCAUGUGUUUCGGGCAGAGGCACGUCGACAUGAUCCUCGCAGCAUACAAAGCGAUGCAGGACUCUCUGUUCGGCGAUGACGCCGGCACCGUCACACAGCAUCUAAGGAGAAUGAUCGUAGCUCGAUUCGGGGCCACCGACAUCCCAGAUGCGCUGUUCUAUUACCCGGAAGAGCUAGGCGGACUCGGCUUGCGCAACCCAGCGAUCUCACCGUUCCUAGUUAGAGACGCGCUUGAACCGUCACCUCUGAGAUACAUCGCCGAUUUUCAGCAGAAGGAAAUGGAUCAGUACCUCCAACUCAAGAAAAACUUCAGCGAGCUAUCACAGGCUGCAAAGACAAAUCGAUUCACGCGCUUCAUGAGCAAUGACGAGCCCCGCUAUGUCUCACCACACGACAGGGAUACAUUCAUGCCGUUCGAGGAGUGGUCCCAGUUUCGCUGGUCGCAUAGUUCUCUCUUCUUUAAGCUGUACGCGAAACUGCAGGAGGUGCCGGACCCGCGCGGCAUUCAGGCCACGAAUGAGGUUUCCAAUGCGCUGCAACAAGUGUUGCCGAAUAUCAAUUCUCUUGAUGACGAGGAGAGGUGGAUUGUCCACAUGUAUGCGCCCGAGGUGUUGAAGAAUUACGGCGGUGUCAGUCUGGUCGACAAGAGGUAUUUGCCCGUCGGUGUUAUGGCUAUGGUGAAGGAGAAGCGGGUGAAGUGGCAGAUGGUGCUUUAA